AUGUACAGCUUCAAGAACGUUCGUGCGCUCCUGCUUUUCAUGGGAAUCGCCGAGGUCGUGAACGCCCAGCAACUUUUAGUAACGCCGCAGUCUGUUACGGUAGGUGAAUCGUUUGCUGUUUCACUAGGCGGUUUGCCAGCAGGGCCAGAAUUUGUAUAUGCAACUAUCUCUCAAAAACUAUCAAAUGCUUCUAGCAGAAUAGUCCAGUUGCGCAGGAAUGAUUCAUCCUCUUAUACGGCGACCGUAACGACGGUGAGGCGUUCAGAACUUCAGAUUCUGCCUAGCAACACUGUGGCAGUACUGCCAGGAGAGCCCCUCGAGAUCUACUUUGAAGCUAACUCUUCGUGUACUUUAUCAACUCCAGUUCAUGUUUAUGAUCUACCCAAUUUCAUAGUGCCACAUCAGAUUCUUCUAGGGUCGGUGCUGCAAGUCAAACUGCAGGAUGGAAAUGCCCAACAAUACCAAACAGUGAACGCUACCCUGAAGAUCUGUAUACUGGACUCGUGCAACAACAUCACGAAUGUUGUUCUCUACCAGCAGCUUCCGGGAACAUUUCUAUCAGCAAUCCAGACACAUUCUGACGCGCUACAUACCACGAUUUCUACUCACAAUGACCAAUUCACUUUGAGCAUGCCUUGCCAAGAUCUCAAGUCUGCUGCAGCUUACAGCUUACUUCUCAUGUACAGCCCCGUUUCCACGAACGUCGUCGGAACUCUCAACGCAAGCGUUCGGAUCUAUUGCAGGCCGUCGAUCGUUCUCGACCCCCCUGCUCUGCCUCUCCUGAGCGAUGAAAUGAAGGGUGAAUUUGCGGGGAACUUGUCAACAAGUCUGGGAUUGAGUCGACUUGUCGAAAAUAGUAUACUUGGCAUUGAAGUCCACGAUCUGAUAGCUUUCUCAUACACCUCGGAAGUUUCGAGUCUUGAACAGGUCGUUUACGUCCCUGUGCUUUCUAAUGCAACCAUCAAACUUUGGAAAGCCUCAAGCACAAGUCCCUUCGGACCGUUCUUCGCAUCUCCAAAUGCAUCAUUCUACAAAAUGUUGGAGAUAAGAGAUUCGGACAGGAACCUUGACCCGUCAGCAAUUGAAAACAUUUCAUCGUCGAUACAUCAUGAUGCCGCAACGAUCAGCUUGGUACUGUUCGAGACGGGGGAGAGUACUGGAGUGUUCACGACAAAGCUCUCAAACGAUAUCAGUAGCUCUGCAAAUCUUUCCAUCUCCUACCUGGAUGUUCAGGACGACGGUCAGACCAGGGAUAUCACAAUAUUUGCCAGCAAGGAUAUAGAAGCCCAGAUAGAAAUGAUUCCGAAUCAUAAUAUCCUGCCAUCAUCUCCAAUCUCAAUAACAGUGGUUGACAAUGAUAUCUACGAAGAACUCGAUAUUUCAAGUGAUUUUUGGUCUCAAGUCGAUCACUUCGGACCCACCGUCUGGAUUCAGCAGGGAACAAACAGUUUCGGUCAGAAGAUGGAGAUCGCAACAAGCAGCUCGUACGAAAAGCUUUUGAGCAUUUCUUCCCUGCCCUACUCGUGGUCCGACGCCUUCAUCUCGUUCUCCUACAUAGACUACUCCCCUCCGUUGCUCUGUCAGAAACUCCUGCGAAUCUACACCCCCGGCUCUCUCUCUCUACCUUCAUCCACCGUACUGCACAAUCAUUCGAUUUCUGUCUCUGUCAUGGACUUGGACGCGAACUUCGACCCUUUCUUCCAAGACGAGAUCUCUGUACAGCUCCAAUUCGAGUCUGCUCUCCUUUCUACCGUGAAGCUGUUGGAAACAGGACUAGAUGCGGGAAGUUUCACCGGGGCUCUUGACCUUGAGUCGGCCUAUCAAGCGGUGCUGCAGAGAAACCUGUCAACCAGCGGCACUCCGAUCAGCUUCCUGGUCUCUUACCCUGAUAUGACAACUCAGGGCUGGAGGUACUUGAAUGCAAGCCUUGAGUUCGGACACCAAGGGUCCAUGACCACCUCGACUUCUAAGGUUGGUGCGGGAAUCAGCUCGCUGGUGGUCUUUGUGGUAGAUGCGGACUUGAACCGGGACCCGGUCAUGUCGGAGUCCUACGUAGGCCUGCUGAAUCUCACCUCCUCCGAUGGAUCGAUCACGCUCAACUUGACUGAGGAUGGACUCGACUCUUCCAGUUUCUCAGCUCAAGUGUCGGUGGGGCAGAGGGGCAGCGGCAGUGCGAUGCUGGAGUUUCCCAUUCUCACAGGGGUUCAGUCCUACCCCUUCACUCUUGAAUACUUCGACCAGACGGCCGGCGCGUCGGCAGUAAGGAAAGUCAUCGACACCCAACGGACGGGCAUCUUGAAUGUGGUACAGACGGAUUCUGAUGCUGGCAAGUGUGAGAUAGGAAGAUCCAUCAUGAUCACUGUGUCUGACAAGGACCUGGAUGUCUCGGACGGGAUCGACAGCUGCUUGGUCCUGGUGCACGUCAGUUCUCCAGCGUUCGAUCAGAACGUGACUCUGACGGAGACAGCAGCUACCAGCGGAGUCUUCACAGCGUCGAUCCUCACUGCAGACGCAGCAGCAGCGGUGCAAGGAAGUACAUACCGCGUACUGCAAGGAGAAACGAUCUCGUUCACCUACUUUGACAAGAAUCCACUGACAUCCAUCAGCUCUUCAUGCAUCAUGGGAUACCCCGGUUGGCUCUCCGUUGCUCCCUCCACCUUGCUGUACACAGUUCCGAACAUUACCUUGAUCGUCCAAGACCCAUCUCCUGCGGUUCUCUCGAACCUUCAGAUCACGUACAAGUUGGACUCGGGGCCUGUCAACACUCCAACCCUAUACGAGGCCAACAAGAGCCUGUCCCUCUACGGCGCCUCUGUCGUAUUCGCGCAGGCGAAUCUCGUCCCGAAGCCUGGCUCGCGCCUUGUGGUCACUUACACAAACCCCACGGGCAUCCCACGGCGGCAAAUCAUCAAGGAAUUCGUCUUCGGCAGCGACUGCUCCUCCUCCUCUGGGGCUUGUCCGCAAAUCAUACCUUCCUUCCUCUUUGACCGCAACCCCUACUGUGCUGAGAGCUUGCAGUACGCUGGUACUUGCGGUCCGAGCUUCUCCUGCAGCGUUCCAGCGAUCUGUGGGACCUUUCAGACAGGAUCGACUGGAGUGACAAGCGCGUCCCUUCCUGCUGGAUCCUCGCUGGUCAUCAUUGUCAACGACACCGACAGGAACUUGAACAACCUGGUCAUUGACACUGUCAACGUGACGGUCCAGAGUGCAGAAUCCUCGCUCUCCAUCCCAAUGCUAGACAAGGCUGUCAAUCCUUACUGUACCAACUUCACCCUUUGCUCCUCUGUGGUCGUUAGGGCUGGGAAGGAGCGAGCGGAGGUCGUCAUGUUGUCGGAGACUGCUCCCAGCUCCGCGGUCUUUACGGGAGUCCUCCUCACUCACGACAGCCCCGUUGUCGAUGAUCAGCAGGACGGAGUGAUUCAUGUCCUAGCUGGGGAUGUGCUGAACGUCACAUACCUGGACGCUCCAAGCAGCUCGGACGCAGCUGGGAAGUUGCGUUUCAGCACGAUCAGUGUCGUGCAGUCUGGUUCAAUCUCUAGGAUUUUGACACCAAAGGUCGCCAAGUCGGGAACGAACCUCUCGAUCCAGUUGCUGGAUCUCGACCUGGUCAGCGUCCAGAGUGUCGACGUGCGCCUGUAUGUGCUGGGCACGGCGGGAGUCAUGAGGUACGGCAACCAGACGGUUGUGCUCAUCAACGAUGGCCUCAAGACAGGAAGCUUCGUGGGCUCGGUCAUGCUCAAAGAAGAGACGUCAAGGCAGCUAAGUAGUUUCUGCUCCAACAUCAACUCGCUGAUGGCCCCGGGAGACCCUUCAGCAAUCUACUUCUGUCCAGCUAACAGCCAAGCUGAUGCUGAGCUGGUGGUCAGCGCUGGAGAUGAAGUUUUCAUCGAGUACGUCGACAGAUCUCCGGCAACCUCGUACAAUAACCUGUUGAAUUGCAUGCUCCCAUCGCUCACUCGCUCACUCUCCAGGGUUGCCAUGGAGGUUGUGAAGAUCGUGGAAAGUUUCACUGCCGUCCUCGUCGUCGAUCCUGUCUACCCUUACGAGGAGCAGGACGUUGACGUCAGGGUUGAAGACCAGGACCUGAAUCUCAACGACCAACAAGUUGAUGAGGCUUCUGCCCAUGUGGACAGCAGCUCGUUCUCAGAUCGCAUCGUUGUCAAGCUUGUUGAGACUGGACUGUCAACUGGAGUCUUCACGGCGACCGUUGGCUAUGACCAGGUCCUGAGUCACAGCUUGCAGACUGCCACGGGGCAUACGAUCAGUGUUACCUACAUGGACGUGUCGCCGUUCAAUCACGUCAUCGUCCGCACAGUACAGUACUUCCCUAGGGUGAAAAUUGUGCUUCAGCACGUGCAGUUUGCUGGGCGAAUGAUGAUCCAGGUGUUCGAUCAACAAUACUUGAGGUUGCUGCAAGACAGCAGAAAUGUCACAAAACCUUUCGUCACGUUGAGUUACCUCAAUCGGAGCGAACAAGUCCUGUUGACCGCAGACCAUACGAGUCCUCCGUCUCUCACUGCAUUCUUCGACCUCUAUCAGAUCGGAGGCUCUCAAACUCUCCCUGUUGGAUCCAACUUGACGGUGGAGUACAACUCUUCGAUGCCGCAGCCAGUUGUCUUCAGCAACUCAACCUCUGUCGCAGCUUCCGCGCAAUCGGUCUUCUUCAUCUCUCCCCCAUCUCCUCGCCUGGGAGACAAAGUCUCUAUCCGCCUCUUCGGCCUUGACGUCCUCGAGGACUCCGUCUCCGUCUCCGUCUCUUCUCCUCUGUCAAACUGCACCAUCCUCCUCAGGAGAAGCCAGCAGGAGCCGCAGUACUUUGCAGGGACCCUUCUCCUGAGAGACACUGGCAUGGCAACCUGCAUUUAUCCCCAAGGUUCCACAGUGGAGCUCCUGGUGGAGGCAGGGAGGAACUUCACUCUGAACUAUCAAGAUUCUGCUCCAUAUCAGUCAGUCUCCUUCGUCCAGACUGUGCAAAGAGAGCUCCAGCCGGUUUUCUCUGCGCGUCCCCGAGGGUUUAAGGAGAAGUUGAGGUUGGAGGGCUUCCUGGACGUUGGGGUGGAAUAUUUCAGCGCUCCUGCUGCCGCCUCGAACGGUUCCAUCCCCGUCCAGAUCUCCAUCCUCCGCAAAGGCGUGCAGACUUUCACUUCCGACGUCUCUCUUGCUAGGAACUGCUCUGGUGGCUGCCUGACCUUCUCAGGCCAAGUCAAGAUCAUAGAUGAACUACGGGACUGUGCCGCUCAGUUCACUCCGAACUCAAAUGUCAUCCCAGCCAGGGCUGGCGACCUCCUCCAGCUGGUCCACAACACAGGCUACGACUCGCUGUUCCAGUCCUUUCACGUCUAUUCCUCCAACGUGGGGAAUGUCGCGCUAUCAGGGUCAUCAGAUUGUUUUCUUUACCAAUCAGAGGAGAUCUGUGCCUUUGACGUGGGGACUACGCUCACGAUCUCGGUCUGGGAUCCUGAUCUCAACGAGCAUCCCUCGCAGACAGAGCAGGCCUCUGCUGUGGUGUCGGCUGCUCCUGAUGAGAGUUUGUACCAAGUGAUCCUCACAGAGUCUUCACAGGACAGCUCGACUUUCACUGGGACCUUCCAGACCAUCGCAGCUGAAAGCGUCACCAACAUCUCUAGGGUGCCAGGUGGUGAGAAUUUGGUUGUGGUUACACCAGGGAAUGUCAUUGCGGCAUACUAUCAAGACAACUCUCCUACCUUUUCCAUCCGCAGCCAGUUCCUCUUCCGGGCAAAGAUUAACGGAAAGUUUCUCCUGUACAACCACAUCCUCAAGGUCGGAGCAAGGAUUCAUGUCGUCCUUGCUGCCAGAAAUCUCGACCGGAAAAGUUCCGUGACAGAGAAUGCAAGUGCCAUGGUCACCAACCCGUCAACCCGCGACGUGGAGAACGUGACUUUGAUCGAAACGGGCCCGUCCACGGGCAUUUUCUCCGGCUUCCUCCAAAGUUUCGAGUCGACUGCCAUGGGUGCCAGCCAGUCAGGCUCAUCAGUCGAGCUGGUCUACCUCGACGAAAGUGGGACGGUGAUAAAAGACUUCUUGUAUGCUCGCGAGUCCGUCCCCGGCGUCCUCGUUGCUCCUCCUGUGGCAGACUGGCUCCAGCCUCUCGAAGUCUCCGUCUUUGACUCCGACAGCGACCUGUCUCCUGCUGUUGACACCGUUAAGGUGGAAGUAGCAAACAUCAGCAACAGCAGCGCGGGAGGGAGAUACUUCCUGGUCCUCCAAGAGACCGGCAACCAGACCGGAAUUUUCACUUCAAAAAUCAGCGCUCAGGGUGGGAAUGAGGGGAAUGCGGGUCUUCGCUCCUGCUCCAACGUGGACAUGGUAGUAUUGUGCAAGCAAGAUUCAGACUGUCUUGGCUCAACAUGCAGCGACUGGAUCAUCGGUAACGUCUAUAACGAUCCCGGACUCUGGAAUCCAGCAAAGGGCCCAAACAACGAUGCUGAGGGCGAUGCCGCGGCUGCACUGCUUGGCAACAGAAUCUUCCUUUCGCUAAUCGUUGACAUCAACUCCGUUUACUCGUCGCAAGCCCAGCUGAGAGCGAACGUGUUUGUCAAUGACGACCCUUCUGCUGUCACGAUCAAGCUUGUCAAGAACGCAUCGAACCAAACUGUCUACACGGGUUCAUUUUUCGUGCUCGAGAAGGUCGGCGGUGACGUCAGCACAGCAUACGCGUACGAGUCGAUCGCUGCCGUGCAAGGAGACACACUGUUGGUAACCAUGAUCACCGUCCCUUCGACGAGCCUGUCCGUAAAGGUUGCGGACAUUGGCAAGUUUUCCAUCGACCAGAGGCGGUUGAGAACGGAAGGAGUACUGAGGGUUGGAGUGCGUGACCUUGAUGUUGUCGAGGGCUCUAUCGCCGUCAAUUUGACCAUCAAGACAACAGUCGCCGAGAGAUCUCUCGGCCUGAACUUGCUGAGGGACCUGACCCGCGCCGGAGAAUUCUCCUGCUUCCUGUUCCUUGGCGACUCCUCCUACUCCGCCGGGACUUUGGCAUUUCCCGCAAACACCUUCUUCUCUGGGGGCGUCUCAGCUGGGGACUUGCUGACUUGGACUUACUUGGAUCGGUUCCCCCCUGCCGUCACUCGCAAUAGUGCUAAUGUCAUGAAUGCCUUCUUGGGGCAGAUCUCUUGUUCGGCUCAGAUGUACGCGGGGUCGAUCCUCUCAGUCCAGUUGAUCGACUAUGACCAGAAUCUUGACGCGACUCAGAGAUACAGGGACAUUCUCUCUGUCAAGGUUUCCAGCCUGAAUGCAAACAAGUCCACCAUCUUGUACCUCCUUGAAGAUGAUGUGAACUCCGGCCAGUUCCACGGUGAAUUGUACAGCAUGGUUGAAGGUUUCACCCCAGAUCCGAAUCAGAACCUCUCGCAGAUGCUGAUGGUGAAUGACACAGACACUCUGGUCCUUGUCUACGACGAUCUCGCUCCGUUCAUGGCAGUCCAGCAGCUUGUCAAAGUCCUGCCGUCGCAACGAGGCAACCUGCUCUUGUCCUCCAGCUUCAUCGGCUACGGGCCGAACUUUACCGUGACAGUUGUCGACAUGGACGCGUUUGAACAAUUUGAAAAUGUCGUUAUCUUGAUGCAGACCGCUUCAGCUACAUACCAGUAUCGGGCUCUCCGCAGUGUAUCAGACCCUGGGCGCUUCCUGCUGGAGUUGUCAGUUGGCCGGAGGACCAUUGACUCGAUGAAAGUCUCGCCUUGCGAAAACCAGACGGCAGCGUCUGUGAUAGUCCCGCCGCUGGAGGAUCUGCAGGCUGUGACUUUCACGUACCGCGAUCAUGCUCCUUAUGAGCUGAUCUCCAGCAGCCUCCGGUCCUGUCAGACAGGGAACCUCCAGGUGUUUCCUUCAGCAGUAGGAAUCGGUCAGCCCUUGUACAUCCAACUCAACGAUACGGACGCUCUAGAUGCACAGCUCCUGCUUGUCAAAGUCAGAAACCUCAGGACCGGCGCUUUGAAGGAGUUGUUGCUCGCAAGGCAAGACAACUUCUCGUUUCAUGGGACUCUCAACAUCAUCUCGACUGGAAACUCCUCGAUAGAACCGUCCUUUGAGGCAGAGCUCGGAGACAUCGUGAGAGUCACUUAUGAAGAUCCGUGUCCCUGUCAGUACAUCUUCUCAGAAGCUACAGUCUUCAUCGUUGGAUCGUUGCUGUUGCAACCAAAAAUACUUCAAGCUGGAAGUUCUCUGGAGAUCACGGUAGCUGACGCGGAUGUCAACUCGAACCCUCUUGCAAUUGACACAACUCUGUGUGAGUGUACUUGCAGUGAGAACAGGGUGCUGAUCGUGACGCUGCUUGAGACAUCUGUCAACUCCGGAGUCUUCACCUCCACUCUGAACACUCAGGGCUUCUAUGAGUGUACUUCAGUCGGAAGCUCAAUCAGCUGCCAGUACGUCGAUUCUGCUCCUCAUCAGGAGGCUAUUGAAAGCGUAUACGUGGUACCAUCAUCGAACGCAACUCUCGAUGUUUCUUCCAGGACUGUCGGGCUGGAUGGGAUCGUGCAGGUCUCGUUGCAAGACUUUGACUUGAAGCAAGACGUCCAUGCGCCUGUCGAUGUGAGCAUACUCGCUGGCAGCACUGUAAGCUUCCUCCUCACCCUCCAGCUGGACUCGACGUCUCCAGGAUUCUUUACUGGGCAGUUUGCCUGCUCGUCGACUUUGAUGUCAGCAGGCUCGAGGCUGCUGUUCAGGUAUCAAGACCUCGCUCCGAGGAUCGAGCAUCAGCAGGAGGUGGACGUUCUCCAGUCUGUCGUGGGGCAAAUCUCGUCAUUCCCCAACCCCGUGGGUCUGAACACGAGCAUGUAUAUCGCUGUGGUAGACGCUGAUCUCAACUUGGAUGCCCUCGUUGUCGAUCGAGCAACCGUCAAGAUGACCUUACAGCAGCGCGACUAUCCCGUUACACUUACAGAGACUUCGGCAAGUAGCGAUGUCUUCACUGGCAAUGUUUACAUCGCAACCUCACAAUCUGUAGCGAGCGAGUUCCCUGUGAUCGACGUGACCGGAAUCAACUCGUUUACACUCUCUUAUACGGAUCUAGCUCCAUAUGGUGUGAGGACGGUACAAGUUCAAGUGGUUCAGUCAUCGUUAGGAACACUGUACACGUCACCGACGUACAUCGAGCUUGGGAAGGAAACCCUCAUCUACCUCGUGGACAAAGACAAUAUGGCCUUGAGCACCAAAGCCUCAAUCUCAGGCCCCGCCUUCGAUGCAAGUUUCGUGCAGAAUGGCAUUCUCGGAGAGGUUGACCUUGUCAAGAACGAUGCCAGCAGCUAUCAAUUUGUCGGUGUAAUCACCGCAAUCAGCACGAGCGAGUACAACAUGAUGAGGCAGAACCGGUCACUCAGCAUCGGUACCCUCAAGGCCUUCAUCCCCGCCGACUAUGGAGAUGUUCUCACUCUGACUUAUGCCGACCUGAAGCCUCUGCAGACAGUCCAACUCCCUGUCUCUGUAGUGACGCAAGGAUUGCUGUCACUGAGCCCGUUGAAGACGGAUGGCCUGCUGGGAAUCACUGUCACUGACAGGGACCGCGACUCCAACAUGCAAGCGGUUGACACCAUUAACGUCACCCUCCGCAACGUCAGAAGCAACCAAUCGAGAUCUGUCUCUCUCGCGGAGACCAGCACCAGUUCUCCCACCUUCACUGGUGUAGUCUACACCAGCACCUCGGACUCAAUCCUCUCCACCAGCCUCAUCCCUUCGAUCAAGCUAGGGGACGUGGUACAAGUGACGUACACGGAUCCGACUCCCUACCGUGUCGUCGAGCAGGUUGUCAAAGUCACCCAGUCAACCCCGGGGGCACUGACGUCCAACUGCUCCCUGAGGAUGAAUCUCGCGGAUUCCUUAUGGAUCACUGUUACCGAUGCAGACAUGAACAGCUCGCCGUUCCUGCAGGAGAACGUCACGGUGACGGUCAUGAACGCGCACACGGGAGAGAAGGAGCACGUUGUGCUCCUCGAGACCUCACUGAACAGCUCGCAAGGAACUUUCACUGGGCUCCUCCUUACCAAGUACGGCGAUCUUAACUCUGAAGACAACAACGGCGUGCUGGACAUCAAGUCCGGGGAUCUCAUCAAGAUGGUCUACAACGAGGACGCGCCUGCUCGGGACCUGGUGGUAGACAUCAAGGUAGCAACGCUCGGAACGCUCUCACUCCUCCCGUCUAUCCUCAGCACCAAUGAAACCGCAACGCUGAUCCUGUCGGACUUUGACCUGAACAUCAACAUGACAGGGAUUGACUUCGGCUCAGCCGUCCUCCAGUCUUCACUUGGCUCCACCCCCGUCACCUUGACAGAGACAGGAGUCAACAGCAGCAUCUUCACAGGCAGCAUGCAACUGGUCGGUCUCACCCAAGACUCCACGGUGACUGCAACCUACCAGGAUCAGUACCCUCCGGCGACGGUCAGGGCAGACGCGCGAGUUGCGGUGAAGGGCACGCUUUUCUUCAGCCCGACAAACAUCCUUCCCAACUCGACCGUGUCCAUCACCGUGGUCGACAAGGACCUCAACGUCAACGCCACUGCUCCAGACUUCGCCUACGUGAACGUCUCAUCUUUCUGCUACUUGCAGUUCACGGCGCACGACGGCAGCGAAAGGUGCGAUAAGGACUGGAACUCAGUCAUGUUGCUGAACAACGCCUCCGACCGAGUCUCCCUCCAACUGAAGGAGAUCAGCGAUAACAUCGGAGCCUUCACCGGCCUCCUGCUCACACAGACAGUCGACUCGCAUGCUGACAACCGACUCUGGGCCCCGCAGGGCUCAAGGGUCGAGAUCGACUACUUCGACGCCUUCCCGCUCCCCAGCGUCGUGCGGAAAGUUGGAACGUACGUAAACAGCUCUGGCUUCCUUUACACCAGCGACCUGCAGAUCAACGAGAACGCAGCUCUGGCUCUGACGCUGGUAGACUCCGACAAGGACAUCUCUCCUGGCACAGACUACGUCAUCGUCAACGUCAUCGGCCCAUCCCAGAACUCCAGCGGCGCGCGAGUGAUUGAGUGGCUGUCCACGGGAGAUCAGUUCACUCUGACGGAGACCGGAGGCAACACAGGCACUUUCACCGGCUCCGUCCAAACCAGGAGCCUCGUGCCCAUCGUAGCCGAUAAGUCCUUUGUCGCUGCGGCAGAGCCCGGAGCGUACUUGACAGCUGUCUACGAGGAUACCGCGCCCCCUAAUGUCGUCAGCUCACUCAGAUUUAGGGUAUCCAGUGCUGCUACCCUCACUGUGGCGCCGUCCAUCCUCCCCCCCAGCGCCGACCUGUCGGUGCUGGUCACGGAUGCUGAUCUUAACAAGGAUCCUCUUGCGAUCGAGGUCGCCUUCGUCACCCUUGAUGGCUCCUUCUUGCCCUCCUCCUUGGUACAGAUCAAGGAGACGUCGCUGAACUCAAACGUUUUCACGGCCACCAUCAAGACGAGCAAGACGCAGGUCGCCGGGUCUUUCUAUGCGCCCGAGGGGUCGAGGCUCACAAUCAGCUAUCUCGACUCGCGCCCCCUCCCAUCAAGGAACUUGAGCUCCAGCGUCAAUGUCAGCCACGUCGGGCUGAUCAACCUCAACUGCGCCUCCUUCCUCUCCGGCUACUGCACCAUCACCGUCUAUGACCAAGACCUCAACGCACAGCCGCAGGUAGCAGAGACAGUCACGGGCCGGGUCUUCGCAUACAAGUCCGGCAGCUCGGAGAUGGAGUCGGUCACUUUGACUGAGAUCUCAGUCAACCAGCAGACCUUUACAGGCACCAUCCGCCUCAAGGUGUUGGACGUCCCCGAUUGUAACUGUCGCAAUUGCUUACCCUGCAGCGUAGCCGACUGCUGCGCGACUUCCAACGAUGGGACCUUGUUCGUGGCGCAGGGUAGCCUCAUCCAAGCGGUCUACUUUGACGCUUCUCCCCAGCAGGCCACCAGCGCCUCCUUCAACAUCCCCACGAAUGGAACCAUCUCCUUCAGCUCGGACUCCUACGUGGUUGGGAACCCUUUUACCUUGAUCGUCAAGGAUACGGACCUAGUGCUUUCAAAGCUUACUUCAGUGUCGGUAACCCUUCAGAGUCUGCAAGGGACGACGAUCAAGGAUCAGGAGCAAGUCACCCUGCAGUACGAUCCUGCAUCGCAGCAGUUCAGGGCCGCCAUCAACUCGGUGGCGUCGUUGGAUGCAAGUUACUCUCGUGGGAACGGUGUGAUCGAAGUCAGCAAGGGCUAUUCCCUCAUAGCGCAGUAUCAAGACGCCUCUCCCUUCAUGACCGUCACUGCCCAGCCUCCCAACGCUUUGCAGUUCCGCGGGGUCCUCAGCAUCAGCCCUUCCCUACUGGUUUCUAUCAACGACCCUCUCACUAUCACCCUGACAGACCCCGAUCUCGACACUUCACAGUCUCCGGACUUCGUGUCAACCUGGACGUCAACAUCCUCCACGGCUGUCCGGCUGUCUUCCUGUCGUCUCCUCCACAACUACACCAGCUCCAUCUGCAUCGAAUCUGACACCCACACGUACCUGACCCUGAAGGAGAACGCAAACACCGGAGGAGUCUUCACGGGGACGAUGGAGAUGUGGCACUGGCCACAAGUGUUCACACAGACUGGCACGUUGUUCGACGUGCCGGAACAUGGGCAGAUCAUCGUGACGUACAUCGAUCAGACGAUGGUGAGGACAGUACAGCAGAGAGUCAGCAUCUCUCAAGCAGCAAGUCUUGUCGUCAAUAAGGAGCUGGUGACUAUCGGAGGAACGGUCGCUAUCACAGUUGUCGACGCGGACAUUCUCGUUCAAGAUCCAGCGGCGACUCGUAUAAGAGUAAACGUCUCGUCUGCGCACCAGAGCCUUCAAGUCUACCUGAACCAGACCAGCGCAAGUUCAGGUCACUUCGCAGGGUCUAUAAGGGCGAUUGCUCCAUCGCUCUAUCCAUACGACAAAGUCAGCCCGUUCUGCCCCCAUGUCACUCAGUUCCUUGGAAGUCUGCAAGUGGGCGACAUUGUGUCAGCAUCAUACAAGACAUCAUUCGGGCCCAACGCCGUCAGAGACAGUUUGACCUUGACGGAACAGACGGGCUACUUCAAGGCUAUGACGCGUUUCCCCUGCCAGGACCUCGCUCCUCAAGUCUCUAGGGUUCAGAAUGCCAUAACGAUCACAGUUGUUGAUGCGGAUCUGAAUGACAACCCAUUCACCGUUCAGAGCAAUCUUGGGGGCCGACUGUAUGCCUACCGUGACAUGUACCUUUGUUCUCCCUCUCAGUUUCCGCACUGCAACCAAUCGAUCAUGGCGGAUGGCAGCUCAUAUUACUUCUGCUCUUCUGCAGAUUCAACAACAUGUACAGGAGGAGCGGUACAAGAGCUGCGCCUAACUGAGACCAACUACAACUCUUCUCAGUUCACGUCGGUCUUAGAUACCACCAGCUUCUCUACCCCCUCCCUCUAUCGCUUCUCCUACAAGGGACCGGUCAAUCAUGCUGGGGGAGGCCUGGCAGAGGCCUACGUCAGAAUGAUCGACCAGCCCAAUGUGAGUGCGUUCGGGGCCGAUAGAGAUGUACAGUUCUUUUCUGCGGGAGAGAACGUCUCGAUAACAGUCUUUGAUGCGUCCGCCAACACAGACAGCUGCAUCUCCGACGUCGUCCUUGUCAAUAUCAGGGUGCUGAAUCAAGUUGACGUCGAGAAUGUCAGCCUUCUGGAAACCAGCCACGACUCUUCGCUCUUCACCGGUACCAUCUCCACAAGGAUCGCAGGGCUGGCUGACGUGGUCAAGUACAACAACAUCGUUACCCUGACCUCUUACUCCGAUGUCCUUGUAGCCAGCUAUCCCAGCGCUGCCAAGGAGACUCAGUCCACCGCAAGCGAUGCCGGAAGUCUGGAUCCUACCUACCCGAUAUUGCUCGCUGGAUCCACCCUGUCGAUCUCCCUGAUGGACAAGGAUGUCACGGCCAACACGCUCGCAGUCUCCUUGAGCACGAGCAAGGACUCGGAGCAGGAGUCGGCAACACUGCAGAAGUGCACUAGUUGCACAACAGCUGGGACAUUCGUGGGAUACAUCAACACCGUGCUGGAUGCGAGCAGAGGGAGGAGCUACGACGGCGUCUUGAACGUGCUGGAAGGAGAUAUUCUCACAGUGGAGUAUCAAGACCAGCGGCCAAGAAAGACGAGGAUGAAGAAGAUUCGCGUUGCAACCAGAGGAAAGCUGAGCCUGGCACCAGCCCUUCCUGCUCUGAAUGACUACCUCUCCAUCACCCUUCAAGAUUCUGACCUUGAUCGCAACCCCAACCUUGCAGACACUGUGCUGAUCUUCGUGGACAAGGUGCCUGUUUCAGACGCUAUCACAGUGACCUUGAAGGAGAUCGGGUUGUCGGCUGGAAUCUUCACAGGGUCUCUCCUUCUCUCUGACACAAACACGCCAAAUGCGCUGUCUGGUUGCCAGGCAGGAGAUACAGUGACUGUCACCUACAAAGAUGACAUCCCAUCCGACACGAUCGUGCAAACGGUCACCCUCUACACGAGGGCCAGACUGGUCCUGUCAUCGAGCGCGAUAGUCAGGGGCCAGACGGCCGUCAUCACAGUCCUGGACGCGGACAUGAACCACAACGCCGACCAGGUUGAUGUGAUUUCAAACACGUCAGAGAUCCUCUGGGUGUCCACGGACUAUCCCUUGCCGGGAGACAAGGAGUACCUGUAUGCUACCGAGACAGGGGUCAACACAGGAGUGUUCACCGGCCUUGUGAUCACGGGAACUGGCUCCUUAGCGAUUCCUUUCAACGGUAUCAUCGAGCCAUUUGUUCCUAGCUACAAGGCUACGGUACAGUAUUACGACUUUGCACCCAGAGCAAACAUGAGCGUCUUCCUAACUUCAUGCACCAUCGGCAACUUGUCAUCGGCGUAUCAGUCGGUCGCAGCAGGGACAUCCUUCACCAUCACUGUCGUCGACGCGGACAGGAACGCAGACCCGCUCCAGAAGGACAUGGUACAAGUGCUAGUGACGUCCAGUAGAUACGGGGAGGGAGUGGAGCACUUGAACUUGGUUGAAGUCGGCGUGUCUACAGGAAAUUUCACCGGAGUCCUGAACACGUUUCGGUCCUCGACGCUGGGGCUUGCUGACGACGGCGUUGUCAACGUGCUUGAGGGAGAUACGCUGAAUAUCUUCUACAACGACAAUUGCCCGUCGCUUCCGAAUCUAAAGUUGUGCCAAGAAAAUCUGAUUGACAUCAACCAGCAGACCCAAUGCACUCUCAACGAGUCCAUAUGCGUGGGAAGGUGUUACACCCCGCACAAUCUUUCCGUCAGUGUCAAAACAGCUGGCGCUUUACUUGUCCAGGGAAAAAUCGACCCCAUCGUGAUCUUCGAGACCUCUUUCGGAAUCACCCUGAUUGAUGCGGACUACAGCGGCUCCAGCACCUUCCCAGCUGUGCAAGUCUCGUCGCCGUACUUUGCGGACACCAAGAUAACGCUUUCGACUGUGACCCAGCAAAUCGAGUUCUCGCAGACCUUCACCUUGGCCGACUACAUCGUCAACUUGGUGGAUCAGAGCAAGGUGUCCAUCGCAGUCAAGUACACAGAUCCAUCGAUGGGUACCAUAACAAGGCUGGCCAGAAAGGCCACGACAGGAGUGAUCUCUUUGGUUGACUCUGUCUCCACGGUCAAGAUUGGUAACCCUCUCUACCUCAUGGUUGCAGAUUGGGAUGCGAACCUGGACGCCGACAGAGCUGAGACAGUUACCGUCCUCGUCUCCUCUAAUGUCGAGACUAGCUCACCAGAGUCAGUGACGCUGCUGGAGAAUGAUUUGGACAGUGGAGUCUUCACAGGUGUUCUUAACACGACCCAAGGGACUCAGGCCAAGCAGGAUCAGGUAGACUUUUGGUCCGUGAAGGUACUUCAGGUUAGAUUUCCGUUGUCUUGUGCCGAGGCAGCUACGUUGGAUGUCAAGUAUCAGGACAUGAGGACGGUUGACGGGACGCAGGGAACUAUCACCAAGAGUAUCCCUUACACGUUCGACAGCAAGAUCUCUAUCUCAACCUUUUUGGCGAGAGAGAACGACACCUUGACCAUCACGCUCUUAGACAUGAAAGAGACGAGCCAGCCGAAGUUGAAUGUUUCAGUCAAAGUCAUGCACAACUCGAGCGCGAGUUUGUUCUCAGAGGCUGUUCUGGAACUGACGUCAACCUCUUCUUGCUCGACGACAUACACAGGCUCGAUCUCACUUUGCGCUGACUGCUCCAGCUCAGCUGGGAGUCUGAACGUGGGGCAUUCGCACGUGAGGAAGGUCGUCGCUUCCUACACGAGCUCUCUCAACGCGGUGAAUUUGUGUUCAGAGAUUUGCGAUGCUCUAGGUGCUUGCAGUUUGCGCUGCACUGCAAGUGACACGGUGGAGAGUCUAGCGACGUACAUUGCGGAGAGAGGAACUCUCAGAACUGACCCGUUCAUCGGGAGGGUGAACAACUUCAACAUAAUCCUCCAGGAUGUCGACGCUGAUAAAGUUCCGUCAGUGAGGACUCUCUCGCUGCUGCUCAGCUACUAUCACUACGGCUUCUAUCAGCCGUUCUGCAACUCUACAGUCCAACUCUUGGAAGUGGAUAGCGUGUCGGGAACCUUCAACGCUCUUGUUGACGUUCAAAAGAUUCUCACUGAUCCUACCUGCAAGCUCCUGCCCCGGGAUCGGAUAGAAGUCUCCUACGACGAUGUGAUCCCGUCGGGUCGUGUCAGCUACUUCGUGUACCUCUACUGCAACGCCAUCGUCACCCAACCAAGUAGCCUCAACCUCAACUCCUUCCUGGACAUCUCAGUGCAAGAUUGUGAUGUGGACACAACAGUCAACGUGGACACCAUCGAUGUGGUUGUCAGGUCGUACGAUCAGCAGCAGACUGUGAUGGACUCCAAGGUGUUGACCCUACGGGAAACUGCAUCUUCAUCUUCUCUUCAAGGAAUCUUCACGGGCUCGAUACAGUUGUCAGAUGCUCCCAAUGCCUCGUCAGCAAGUCACUUGCUUUUCGCUUCCAACCAGACCGAGGUGAUCACCAGCACGUACGUCGACCUCCUCACCAGCUCUCCUCCUUCCAACGUCUCUCGAGUCACCCGGACCUUCAUCUGUGCGGGGAUACAGCUCAAUGCCAGCAACGAGGUGGAGGGGAGGACGAUAGUCAACGAAAAGUUCUCUCCCUCGGGGCUGUUGAACAUCCAGAUCAUAGACAAGACAGCAAAGGCAAGUCAGGUCUUCACCCCUCGGGUGGUCGAGUUGACACUUGAAGGCGCCAUGGGGACUGAUCGCGAGCUGGUGAACGUGAAAGUGAGUAAUGCAGCUGAAGGAACGUUCACUGGAAGUAUCGUCCUCGGCUCCGGGGUACCCUUCGCUCACUACGACCAUGUCCUAGGACCUGCCCAGUCAUCUGAUCGCCUCUUGUUGACAUCUCAAGAUGAAUGUCAUAACGUUGUCAACCUGUCGCUCCAUGGCAUCCAGAUCGGUCAGAUCGUCGCUCCCAGUUUCGCUCCUGUCCAGCCGGGAGCCCAGCUGACCCUGGAAGUUGUUGACGCUGAUCUCAACAGCAACGUGUCCUCCUCUCAAGUCUGGCCGAACCUCCUUCGAGUCACCACCUUGCUCUCGGGGGAUACUGUGGUACUAGACCUUGUUGAGAACGGCACGAACUCGAACGUCUUCCUCUCUUCUCUUGUUGUAUCGGAUACAUCUUGCAACCGCUCGGACUGCCUGGUGUACUCCUGCACUGGUACCAGCCGUUGCCAACUCAAGGUGGAAUACACCGACAGCGCCUACGGCCCUGUUGACAAGCUUGUUCCCAUCGCAACCUUCGCUGAGCUGAACUGGUCGACUGGUGCUGGCCAAGAUCAAGACGUCAUUCUAGCUGGAGAACAAGUCACAAUCGUGCUGCUCGACUUCGAUGCAACAACGACUACUGCCGUCCUGACCCUCCGCUGCCGCUCGUAUGCAGAAAGACUCCAGCUGAAUCCCACGGGCCAGCAGGGAAAUUUCACCAUCGUGGUCGACUCAGGCGGGCUUUUCAGAAGGAUCGUGGAGAGUAACGGAGAGUCGAUGGACUUUCUGGACCCAUUCAACGUCACGAGGAGUGUAAAGCUGCAGCAACUUGGUAUCCUCCGAUUCGAGAAGAAGCCGUUGGUAUGGAAUGACGUCAUCAGCAAGAAGGAAAUCUCCGUUACCUUCUAUGGGGGUACAGACGAGGCCAACAGCGUCUUCUAUGGUGCGAUCAACUGCUCUAACCAGACUCUAGAUUCCUUCCUGAUAAUUCUCACGGUAGAGGACGUCCGUCUCUCCUCCUCCUCUCUUCCUAGGAACGAAACUAGAUUCGCAUCCGAUGCCUGCCCGCAGUCCUCAGACUGCCCGCACGUGCUCCCCGAGCAUGUCGGAGCCGGGGCAACAGUCACAGUCACAGUGGUAGACUCUGACGCAGACACGGACUUUGAGCAUGCAGACACAGUCAGCGUCGUUGUGCAGAGCAGCAGAACACUUGAAGGGGCGGAGGAGAUUGUCCUGAGAGAAAUGGUCCAAGUCUCUACCAACCUGACAGGCUCCAAUGGGCAGGGGGUUUUCACUGGAGUGAUCGCAACAAGACAGAACACCGGAUACAGCGCGAACAAUGACGGGGUGAUGUUUGUGAACGAGGGGGAAACAUUGUCGUUCUCCUACCGUGAGCUCUCGAACUUCAGAGGAGAAUCGUUGUUGCACGUGAGCCAGAAGACUGUAGGAGCUGGGGGGAGCAUUGGGUCGAUCUCGUUUCAGCCAAGAAUUAUCAUGCAGGAUGGUUGGUUUUGCCUCAACGUCUACGACAAUGAUCUCAUUGUAAACAAUCAACAGACUGUACAGGUCUCUUUGUCUUGGUCAACCCUUAAUGUCCAACAAGCGCACCAAGUUGAUUUGGUGAUGUUCAACGCCUCGGCAACAGACAGAUAUCAUCGUGCUUGUUUCUAUCUCAAGAAUGAUCUCAACCAGACUGGAAUCACUUUCACUGGCAACGCAACGUAUUCCGUAUGGAACUUGAAAGUGGGAGAUAUCGUAUCGGCAACCUAUCUUGAUAGUCUCCCUGUACUAUCUCACGAAAUCAUCAGCGUUGUCAGUGCCCGUGGAGUUCUUGCCGCCUUUCCCAGGGUCGGAGGACUUGACCGGAGGAUCAACAUCACACUAACGGACGAGGAUCUCAACACGAACCCACUGCUGGUGGAGAACGCAGCUGUCAUGGUGACGUCAAGCUGGGUCGGUGAAGGUCAAGAGUCUGUUGUGCUGACGGAGACUGGUCCGUCCUCGAGCACCUUCACCGGCUUCAUCCGCAUCAUCCUCAGCGGCACUCACUCUCCCGAGCUCUGCGGGGACCCUGAGUGCCAGGAGCCGCUCGCGAACCUACAAGUCGUCCAUGUCCGUGAAGGAGACAUGCUCACUAUGACAUACACUGACAUGAGCCGGUUGCAAGUCCUCCAAGAUGCCUCAAACGAUGUGCAUGUCAACGUGACGAUCGGAGUGACCGGGCAGGCUGCCAUGUCGUCGAUCAGGAGCAACGGAGAUGUUGGGAAUGUGUUGAAGGCCCAGGACAAGCUAUUCAUCAGCGUCGUAGACCCGGACAAUGCCUUCUUGCAUGUCGAGAACUUCACUGUUGUUGUCUCAACAAACAAAGACGGGGAGCUUGAACACGUGAACUUGUACCCGACGAGCCCCAAUAGCGCCGUGUACACAGGAGUUCUCGACACAUGCAUGGGGGAUGGGAUCUGCAGUCUGUCGUCCUGUGGAAAGUGUGACCCCAACGUACAGGGAGUUACGGACAACGGGAUCAUGACGGUGAGGCCGGGAGACCAACUUACGGUCACCUACUCCGACGCGAUGCCUGUCGGGGAUCGAACGGGGAGCAUAAAGGUUGCAAAAGCUGGAAUCAUGUCGAUCAGGCCGACAUCUGAAAUCUUCCCCGGAAACAACAUCUCCUUCUUGGAUGCUGAAUUGUCUCUGCUUGCUCCAGUCGUCGAUGAUGACGCAAACACGAAUCCGAACGUGGUGGAGACAGUAGACGUCUUGAUCACCUCGAUCGAUGUUGAGGUCAAGACGCUGAAACUCACGGAGAACAGCGCAGACAGCAAUCAUUUCACUGGGAUCCUUCAAACAUGCGUCAGCUGCAGAUCUCAGCUCAACUCAGUCCUUGUCGCCUACGGAGGAAAGCUGAAUCUCCACCGACGCAGGCUAGUCACUUCAUGCAUCCCUUUUGCCCCUGACGCUUCACAGACGUUGGAGGUUUCAGCACUCGCUCAGAUCUCUACGUCAGAGCGAUCGAUCUUCCCCAACGCAUCCCUGGAGAUCUUCAUGUACAACCCUGAGACGAGGCUGACCAUGAACGCUCUGGUGUUGGAGGUCACCAAGUAUCCUUCCAGUGAUGCUGAGACGGAGGAGGUGACUUUGUACCAGCAAGUGGUGUAUGCUACAGUCCUGCAGAUCCUGAGAGUGAACACUGUCAUUCUUUCACCUGCUAACUUGACGGGAGGGAGCGGGUCGUACAUCAACGGGCUGAUGCAGGUCAACACCCAGUCGUUCAGGAUCACCUCGUACAACUUCGACACCAAGGAGUUGGUAGUUGAGACCAACAACGCGGGGUUUGCGAAUGGUAUGAUGGUGAAGAUCAGCAACUUUGGCGUGUAUGAGGGGAGGUUGCAGACGAAACUCCAUACAGGAGAUGUCUCUGUCAGUGGAGACAAUAUCCUAGAGGUUGAACCAGGGCAAAACAUCAUCAUCAGUUACUACGACAACAGCCCAUUCAAGACCGUACAGGCCACUGUGAAAGUUGCCAGCGUCUUUUUCCUCAGGGCCAACUUGAUCGAGCAAGACAACCUGCCUGUCCUGGAAGUUGUUGCGCAGAACUUCUUUGUUAAUUCGCCGCUGCAGGCCAACGAAGAUUUCUACGUCACAAUCACGUCUUCCAAUGGCAAACAGAUCGAAGAUGUCAAGAUGUUUCCGGCCUUGACUGUUCCAGGACAGUUCUCGUCCUACACGCAGCUCGACCCUUCGUCUGUGGUGUUGAGCAACGAUGGAUUGAUCCAGUACAGGAGGGGAGAGCUUUUCAACAUCUCGUACAUCUCCAUGGAUGCCUCGCAGUCUGUCUCGAUAUCCAAGUUCAUCUUCUAUCCUGCUCGCCUUGAGGUUCCGGCCAUGUUCGCCCUCAACGGCUCGAUCUCUAUUACAGUCAUCGACGCUGAUCUUGACGUGAACGACAUGCAGGUUGACGUCUGGCCCAACUUGACUAGCGCAAGAGUCGGAGGCGUCGAGCUGGUCCUGUCACUCAGGGAGACCGACACCUCUAGCGGCAUCUUCACGACGACUUUGACAACGGCGGAGAAUGGCACCGUCGUGCUCGAGCAACAGAACCAGCUCUCAGCUAUCGGCAUGCCGCUGCUGUCAACUGUCGUCAUAUCCUACAAGGAAGACAACCCACCACGACUGCUCUCCUCCAACUCCACCGCACACAACUUGGGACUGCUUUCAAUCUCCAUCACCACCAACCCGCAGACCAACGCAACCUGCCUGCUGGUGCUGCUGCUCGACAGAGACGCCGAGGGAGAGGCCGUCAGCGUCACUUUGACAAGUGCAAACUUCCAGCAGCUGCUGCAGCUGACGAAGUCGGAGCAGCCAGGCAGAUUCUCUUCCCUCCUCCCGAUCUCCGACCUCAGGAGUGGGACUUUGGGUCAGCUGGUCAUCACAGACGGCGGGCUCCUUCACAUCGAGUACUCCGACUCCCUCCCCUCCCAGCUCGUCGUGUGCUCCUUCCCAGCUCCCAGCCCGCAGUUCAUCAGUCCCUCUCCUCCUGACGCCUCCCUCUUCAAGACCGCUGAGCUGUGCCAUGUCGACGUCCCGCUCGUCGCGUCGGAGGGCAGCAACUUCACCAUCGUCUUCGUCCCCUCUGCCUUCUGGCUCAUUCCCGAGACGAGCUCCAGCAACUGGAUGGAUGUCACUGUCCUCUCCUCCCUCCCUCCGCAAGGCAAGCUAGUGCCAGGAGGAAACAUCCAGCCCAUGAGCUACGGGGCGAGGAAGCUGUGCGAAGGGGACCAGUGUCCUCCUUCCAGGGGCUGCUCCACCUCCUCCCAGAUCUCCGUCGUCUCCUCUACCUUCACGUGGACACCCACGCGCUCCCACCGCGGCUUCGAGCUGGUUCAAUGCUUCGCAAUGAUGGAGGUGCAUGGCGCAACUAUCAGCUCCCAGAGAUGUUUCCGAUUCCUCGUGCAGCUUUGCUUCACUUGCACUGUGACGGACGACUCGCUGAACAGCAUCGCGACUGCAUUGUCAAUAGAGUGGCAGCUACUCUGGAGCAUCAACCCGACGUUGCGAAACUUUGACGUCGUUCCUACUGGACAAGCACUGAAGAUCGGAAUUCUCUACACAGCAAGCGGCGAGGAUACGGUCGAGUCUCUCAGCCAUAAGUUCAGUAUGAACAUGUCGCAAGAGACAUCAUCUGCAUUUUCCCAAGUCUGUCAGCGUACGAUGCUUGUCCUCCUCAACCUAAGGUGA